AUCUUCUUCACCUCGACACCCACCACGCUCACCUCCUCGCCCGGCGCCUUCGCUGUGUCCUCCAUCACGCCCGCGGCUACGAUUCUCUCCACGCCCACGACCUUCGUUGCUACGCCUGCGAAACCUUCAAGCAGUUCAGCGCCCAUUUUCUCCACUGCGCCCGCCGCCCAGAACACCACCCCCUCCACGCCCCCGAAUCUCGUCGCCACGCCCCUUGCCCUCAGCCACACGCCCUACCGUUCGCCCAAGACGGAUUCGCACGCCCACAGCUCGCCCUCGCCCGGCUCGACGCCCGCAGCUUCACCGUAGCGACCUCGCCGCCCCUCACUUACACGCCAUACUCUCGACAUCCCAAAUCGCAAUCAUCACAUGACUUCACCAUUUUAUUUUUUUACAUUCUACAUGUCCGUGCGAACAUUUCUUUCUCGAAGUAUCACACUCAUUCAGGUUUUUUAUAACGCACUCUAUUGCAUCUCUACGCAUGAACAAUCUCACCGCCAAAAACAUUUCUUUAUGACGUCAGGCAGCCCCUCACACCCCAUGCCUCAUAACACAUGAACACGUCCCCUUCCCCCUUCCCCUCCCUCAAACCAACCUCAAAGAAGACAGAAUAACCUCAAUGAAACGACAGAAAAAGACCAAUUUCAGCCAUUAUCUUGAAGACUUUGAGGAUCCAGGACACAGCACCUGCACAGGGACGUCGGCGCGGGCCGUGCGUGCAGCUGAUGAUGACGGACAGGUGUGGAGACAGGUGCAGCACUUGUUAAUGUUUGUUGUAAAGUCUAAAGAGUCGAAACCCGGAUUUCACUCAUGUAAAUCGGAGGCGCUGGGCAUUUUCUUUGGGUUUU